ACACACGGAGGCGGGGCUCAGGAUUGGGGGGCGGAAUCAUGCGCAGGGGGCGGGGCCCGAGAGAGAGCCUGGAGGAGACCGGAAGUCCCUCAGCCUCCGCCCGCCCUCGUGCUCCCUUCAGCCCCUUCGCAGCUCUGUGCGCAAGGUCGUGUCCCGGAAGUGAAGGGGCCAUGUUGAUGGGUGACCCGGAGAGAGGUACCCGGCCGGAGGCGAGUCCUGCGGAGUGGUAGCGCGCGCGCGGCCUGCGGUGUGACACCCAGCGCCUGCCAGUCCCCCAUGGCCCCGUGGAGCCGAGAGGCGGUGCUGAGUCUUUAUCGGGCUCUGCUGCGCCAGGGCCGACAGCUUCGCUACACUGAUCGAGACUUCUACUUUGCCUCCAUCCGCCGUGAAUUCCGAAAACAUCAGAAGCUGGAGGACCCUGAGGCCCGGGAGAGGCAGCUGGAGAAGGGCCUGGUCUUUCUCAACGGCAAAUUGGGGAGGAUCAUUUAGGAUCCUCCAAGGGAAAGAGGACAAAGGUGCCUUCUGUGGACACUCCUGCUCUCUCCCAUCCCCACCUUACAGAUGCAUUAAGUAGCUUCAGAUGAGCAAUGGCAGGCGCUGGUGAGCGCAAAGGCAAGAAGGAUGACAAUGGCAUUGGCACGGCCAUUGACUUUGUGCUCUCCAAUGCCCGGCUGGUGCUGGGGGUGGGUGGAGCGGCCAUGCUGGGCAUCGCCACGUUGGCAGUUAAGCGGAUGUACGAUCGGGCGAUCAGUGCCCCUACCAGCCCCACCCGCCUGAGCCAUUCGGGGAAAAGGAGCUGGGAAGAACCAAACUGGAUGGGCUCCCCCCGACUGCUGAACAGGGACAUGAAGACGGGCCUGAGUCGGUCCCUGCAGACCCUUCCCACAGACUCCUCUGCCUUCGACACAGAUACAUUCUGCCCGCCCCGGCCCAAGCCAGUGGCCAGGAAGGGCCAGGUAGACUUGAAGAAGUCACGACUCCGCAUGUCCCUGCAGGAGAAACUUCUUACUUACUACCGGAACCGGGCAGCCAUCCCUGCUGGAGAGCAGGCUCGGGCCAAGCAAGCUGCUGUGGACAUAUGUGCCGAACUCCGGAGCUUCCUGCGGGCCAAGUUGCCUGACAUGCCGCUUCGGGACAUGUACUUGAGUGGCAGCCUCUAUGAUGACCUGCAGGUGGUGGCAGCUGACCACAUCCAGCUGAUUGUGCCCCUUGUGCUGGAGCAGAACCUGUGGUCGUGUAUUCCUGGUGAAGACACCAUCAUGAAUGUUCCUGGCUUCUUCCUGGUUCGUCGUGAGAAUCCAGAGUACUUUCCUCGUGGGAGCAGUUACUGGGACCGCUGUGUAGUAGGGGGCUACCUCUCCCCAAAGACAGUCGCAGAUACAUUUGAGAAGGUGGUGGCUGGCUCCAUCAAUUGGCCAGCCAUAGGGUCCCUCUUGGACUAUGUGAUCCGGCCGGCACCACCCCCAGAGGCCCUCACACUGGAGGUACAGUACGAGCGUGACAAACAUCUCUUCAUUGACUUCCUGCCAUCAGUGACCCUCGGUGACACAGUCUUGGUGGCCAAACCACACCGGCUAGCCCAGUAUGAUAACCUGUGGCGGCUGAGCCUGCGUCCCGCAGAGACGGCACGCCUGCGGGCUCUGGACCAGGCUGACUCGGGCUGCCGAUCUCUGUGCCUCAAGAUCCUCAAGGCCAUAUGCAAGUCCACCCCGUCUCUGGGCCACCUCACUGCCAGCCAGCUAACCAAUGUCAUCCUCCUCUUGGCCCAGGAGGAGGCUGACUGGUCUCCAGAUAUGCUGGCCGACCGUUUCCUGCAGGCCCUGAGGGGACUUAUCAGCUACUUAGAGGCUGGAAUCCUGCCCAGUGCUCUAAACCCCAAGGUGAACUUAUUUGCAGAGCUCACCCCUGAGGAAAUAGACGAAUUAGGAUACACUCUGUAUUGCUCAUUGUCCGAGCCAGAGGUGCUGCUGCAGACGUAGGGCAGGUGAAGGCCAAAGCGGGUGUUGGUGGUCAGGCCCUGGAUUCUCCGUUAGAUACACUUGGCUGCGUAGUUGGUGCCUCACAGGGUUCCUGGUGCCUGCUGUCUUGCUGAUCAUCAACCUGGUCACUUCAUGCUGAUUAGAAUGACAUCUCUUCCAUCUCCUAUUUUCUUACCCAACUCUUCCUAUUUUUGUUACCAAUCACUGUGCUCCUUGCUCCCCCAGCUCCAGGCUAAUUUUUCUGGAAUGAAUUGAGAAGGUGGUGUGCUGGCCUGAGCUGAUGGACCACUUGGUGUUUUGCAUUUCGGCCCAUGUUUGCUGCCUCUGUCUGGCCUGCCUUGCCUGUUUGCCUCUUCCUAUUCAGUGUCUUUUCUAUUUUUUCCUCUCUUGUUCAUGCCUUCUGUUUUGCUCUUGUCCCUGGAGCAUAUCUGCCUAAUUAAGAUGUUGCCUUUUAGUUGAAUGCCACUGAAGAGCUGUGAUAGCAUGUUUCAAAGCUGAACUCUACAGAGUGAGUGCUGGGACAGGAUUUAGGGUUUCUGGGAGUGAGGCUGGUAGAAGAGCUGGCCUUGACCCCGGUUCCUGGAGUAGAGUUCGCCCUCCCCGCCACCUCCUGACCCAUUCCUAAAUGCUGAAAACGCCUCUCACGGAAACACUGUUAGUGAUCCCCGCAGGACAAGCUGGAUUCUAAGUUAUUUGCAGAUUGAAUUUCUGGGUGGCUAUCAGCAGAAGUGCAGAGUAGAGAACCAGAGCUAGUUAAGGGCCUAGUGGAGGGUUUGUGUGCCCAGUGUCUGCUCCUCAUCUGUGGCUGCAGGGGUCAGACAGACAAGGAUGGGGGCUGCCAGGACACCACCUCAUCAUGAAUGCUGGUUUUCACCCCUUUUCCUUAUUUUAUUGCCAAUCAGGACAAGGCCUUGAAGGAAUGCAGCCUUAGCCAUCAGUUGAGCAUGAGGGAGGUACACAGGUGACUGAAUGUCAGUCGGAAAAUCCGGUCACUAGUUGGGGUUUGGUGGCCAUGUUUUCUCCCCAGACAGGCCCUGCUUUUCUAGGAUGUGGCCUUAGGCAAGAACAGACCCAACAGCCAGCCCUUCAUCCUCUAGUGUCUGCCAUAGGCACGUGAGGGGGUGUUUGCUGAGCGCUCGGGGUAUGGCCAGAGGGCAAGUGAGCAUGCACAGACCUCUUUCCCCUGUCCUGUUUCUCACCCAGCACCUGGGGAGAUCGGUGCUACCAAGGAAGAGAGCACACAGCUAAGACACAGGCGAGGAGGUGGGCAUUUCCUACGUUCCUCGUUGUUUCCCGCUGCUGAGAUUGCAGUAUUGAUUGCAAUGUAAAUGGAUCCUGAAGGUGGGGAGGGAUGUUUAAUCCACCAUGGCCAUGUGUCGUCUUGGUUUGUGUUUCUCCAUGUUUGUGGCAAGACGCUGAUGAUAAUUCUGUUUCUCAUCUGCCUAUUCAGUAUGUUGUUUUCCUCCCGUCAAGUUGUCUUAUUUUUUUCGAUGACUACCUCUCCAUCAGUGAGGUUCUGGUGAAGCUUUCUGCAGCUGUCUCAUUCCUUUCCAAUGAUAGUAACAGGAAAUAACUCUUUAGCAUUGAUACCUCAGCAGCAAUUUAGGGUAGAGAUUCCUGCCCCUCUUUUGUCACAGAUGAGGAAGUUGACAACCUUGACUAUAUUUAGAGGUCUUUUUGCCUCUUUUCCCCUUAACAAGGAUUUCUUAUGGUGGUUUCAAUUUCAUUUGCAUAAAAGUAUUAAGAGGGAACAAAAAAACGAUAAAGCUGAGAAUCUGGAGAGAGCUUAUCUACCUGUCUGUUGGUAAGACUCAAAUGAGAGUU